UCACAAGACUUUCUAAACCCACUCCACCAACAGCCAAAACCUUCUCUUUCUCUAUUACAGUUCACAAAUAUUGUGUUUAUCUCCACAGCCACCUUUUCUCCAUUUCUUUUCCCUUGAUUUCAGCUACAAAAGCUGAAUUCACCAAUUGUAUUUUGAUAAUUAAUCAAAUUGAUAAAAAAAAUCACUUGUCACUCUGUUUCAGGUAAACGAUAGAGGUUCAUGGGCUCUUCGGCUGUUGAGAUCUCGUGGCCGUCCUCCUCUAUUGACUCGUUUGAGCCCUCUUUCGUUAUACAGAUAGAGGGAGGGAAUUCAUCCUUUAAUUUGGACUUCCUUGAGAGUGCAAGGCAUUCACCACGUCCCCGUCUAGAUAUUCCAAAACCUCCUCCACUUCCUAGGAGAAGAUCGAAUAGGGGACUUGCAGCAUCAUGUUUCGUUCCAAAGGAAACGAAAGAUAUAUGGGAGAAGCUCUUCAGUGAGGGGUAUGGAGCCGAUGUGCACAUUUUGACAGACGAUGGAUCGAUAAUUGCUGCUCAUCAAAGUGUUCUGAGCAUUGCAUCUCCAGUCCUUAGGAAUCUUUUACAGCAGUCUAAAAUCAAGAAUCAUGUAAGAACUAUUCGGAUUCCUGGUGUACCGUGUGAUGCGGUUCGUGCAUUCAUCCGUUUCCUCUAUUCAUCUUGCUAUGGAGAAGAGGUGAUGCAGAAGUUUGUCCUCCAUUUACUGGUUCUAUCACACUCUUACGUCGUUCCAUCGCUUAAAAAAGUCUGUGAACACACGCUCGAACGGGGCUGGCUGACCAAAGAAAACGUCGUAGACGUGCUGCAGCUAUCAAGAAGCUGCGACGCUCCACGCCUUGCCUUCGUCUGCCUGCGUAUGGUAGUUCGCGACUUCAAAAGCAUCUCCGCUACCGAGGCGUGGAAGGUGAUGAGGCGCGCUGAUCCCACCCUCGAGCAAGAGCUAGUGGAGUCCGUUGUCGAAGAAGAUUCAAGGAGGCAAGAGAGGUUGAAAAAAGUCGAAGAGAAGAAGGUGUACGUCCAGCUGUACGAGGCGAUGGAGGCUCUGCUCCACAUCUGCAAGGACGGGUGCAGGACAAUCGGGCCUCGCGACAAGGCUCUCAAAGGGAGCCAGGUCGCCUGUGGCUUCCCCGCGUGCAAGGGGCUCGAGGCCCUGAUCCGCCAUUUCUCGGGAUGCAGGACGAAAGUCCCCGGCGGGUGCGUGCACUGCAAGCGCAUGUGGCAGCUGCUCGAGCUGCACUCGCGCAUGUGCAACGACCCCGACUACUGCAAGGUCCCUCUUUGCAGGCAUUUUAAGGUGAAGAUGAUGCAACAGAGCAAGAAAGAGGAGGUUAAGUGGAAAAUGUUGGUGAGAAAAGUGACAGCAGCAAAGAAUGCUCAGAAACUGCUUUCAUUUAGAAGGUUUUAGUUUUUAGUAAUGUGAAUACAUAUGGCCAAUAUUUUAGCAGGCCUUAUUCAGAUUGAAAUAAUCAAUGUAAGAAUUUAGCUGAAAUGAAAAAAAAUAUAAAUGUACAGAACAAUUUAAGUGUCUUCUUAUAAAGUUGUUGUCUUGGAUUUCUUCAGUUAA